AUGAGGCCAACUAGCGAACUCUCCACCGCACCACCGCUUGCUCACGACAUGCGUUACGACUCUGCUCUCCUUCUUUCUCUUUCUCUUCUAGCCCUAGAAUUCUCUGCGAAUGCACUAGAUUCCCUCGACUUUUCCCAGUCUGCUGACCUCGAGGCAGGUUACUCCCACUCUCGAACUCUCGACACCAAUGCCUUCGACCGCAAUCCGGACGGUUCCACUUUCAUUUGGCUUCCCGAAGAUGAAUACUCAGGCAAGACCUUUUUUGACGGCUUCGCUUUCUUCACGGGACAAGAUCCAACAAAUGGGCGAGUGGAUUACGUCACUUCAACCUAUGCCUUCCAGAACAACUUGUCGUAUGUAGAAGAUGAUGGAGUCGUCAUCAUGAAGGGCGACAACACCUCAUGGCUGCAGGACGGCGAGAAUAGGAAAAGCGUCCGCAUCUCCAGCUAUAAGCAGUAUAAUACCGGGCUUUUCAUACUCGAUAUCAACAAGGCACCUUGGGGAUGUGCGGUAUGGCCUGCAUUUUGGACCUUGGGGGGUGGGAAAUGGCCGGAUACGGGUGAAAUCGAUAUAAUUGAAGGUGUUCACGACAAUCAACACAACCAAGUCGCCUGGCAUACUGCUCCAGGCUGCCAUCUGAAUCCGAAUUCGUCUUUUACCGGGACGGUGGUGGUGGGCAAGGCAGGGAAUAACACUAAUUGCGAUGGGAACGUCAACGAUAAUGCAGGCUGCGGUGUCACAGAAUGGAGCAGGGCUUCCUAUGGGCCGUUGUUCGAUCAGCAAGGAGGUGGUGUGUUUGCAAUGAAAUGGGACGAGAAUGGCAUUGCGAUUUGGUCAUUUUUCCGUGCAGCGGUUCCUCAAGAUGUCGUUGCAAAUGCACCUAAUCCAUCCCUUUGGGGACGCCCUUCUGCUUCGCUAGACCCUGCACUCUGUGAUCCAAUCGCCUUUUUCAGGAACCAUUCCAUCAUUUUCGAUAUUACAUUUUGCGGCGACUGGGCUGGUAACUCAUACACGACGUCUGGUUGUCCGGGGACUUGCCAGGAUCGCCUUAAAGACCCCAACAACUUCACUAAUGCGACAUGGAGCAUCAACCAUCUACGCGUGUACCGGAAACAACUCGUGAACGGACGUGUGUCGGCAACGGCGACCUCAAACCUCACUUCGCACAACUCUUAUUGGAACUGGGUGUUGAUUGUUAUUAUGCUCGGAACCCUGGCGGGACUCUAAGUUGAGUUGUACUUCUGUCCAAUAGUUUCCAUAUACUCCAUUAUAGUUUCAUCCUCCAGCGGCGUUUGUCGACGUCUUUUGGAUCUAAUUCCUGAGGUGGUUCUGCAAAGCUGGCUCGCAACGGAGUCACGCUGACUACUCCCUUGUGGAUCGCCCAUCCAUCACUACCAAUGGUGAGGGAAGAUGGCGAUGGGUUGAUCAGGCCGUCCAUCUGCGGCGAGAACUUGAACACCAGUUCAC